AGGCCGACUUCUCCGCGGAGGAGAAGGAGUUGAUGGAGGUGAUUGACACCCUCGCCCGCGCGACAGCCAUCCUGGAGAGGGAGAUGGCCAAGAUCGGCGCUGCGUCGAUGCUGCAGCUGAAGAACGCCAAGAGCCUCACGCAGGCGCUCGGAGCCAUGGUCCAGGCGUCCCUCCUCAGUUCUACGGACGCCACCAAGCUGACGGCGCUGCUUCAGAGCAUGCAGGGCUCCGCUGACCAGGACGAGGACACCGGCGCGCCAGACGCCGACGUCUACCAGGGCCACGCGGACGGCAUGGGCCGCCAGCAGGACGGCGGCAUCAUCCAGGUCUUGAAGGACCUCUCGGAGAAGGCCAACGCCCAGCUCGACGGCCUCCGCAAGGCCGAGACCGCGUCUCUGCAGAACUUCCAGGUCCUCGCCCAGAACCUCAAGGACGAGAUCAAGAACGGCAACGCCGACCUCGCGCAGGCGAAGAAGGACUUGGCGACCAGCGGCAGCAUCAAGGCGGAGGCCGAGGGUGACCUCGCCGCCACUUCCGCGGACCUGAGCAGCGACGAGGACACCAAGGCCGAGCUGCACGCGGACUGCAUGGAGAAGGCGGAGACUUUCGAGGCCGAGCAGAAGAGCCGCGGGGAGGAGCUGAAGGCCCUGGCCGAGGCCAAGAAGGUGCUCCAGGAGACGACCUCCGGGGCCGAGUCUCAGAGCUACUCCUUCGUUCAGUUGGGCGCGUCCGCGGGGCUGCGCUCAGGCGUGGACCUGGCGCGCCUCGAGGCUCUCCGCUUCGUGCAGGGUCUGGCGCAGAAGCAGAACUCCAAGUCCCUCGCGCAGCUGGCGAUGCAGAUGUCUUCUGUUAUGCGCGUCACCGAGUCCUCUGGCGAGGACGGGCUGGCAGGGUGAGGAGGGCCUGAUCUCGGACAUGAUCAGCAAGCUGGAGGACGAGGCC